AUGAACAUUAACAAUGGCAGCAAAGAUAUGGUUAAUAACUACUCAAAUAUCUUUAACCAUUCUGACAAAUUGAUAUCACCCUCCAAUUUCACCCAAAACUUUAACUCCAAAACUUUGAAAUUAAACCCCUAUAAUUUAAAUUUGUUGUUAAAACUGGAUCCAGGUAUGCACAAUACCAACGCUUUAGCUCCAGCUGUUGACCAACUACCAGAAUGCUUUGAAAAAGAAAAUAACAACAUCAACAUUGAACAUAACGAAGUUACAAAACAACCAAUAAAACAACAGCUCAAUAAUGUGACACCCCAAAGACUUUAUACGACAUAUGAUUUGUUUCCAAAUUAUUAUGACAUUGACCAUGGCAAUGUCAUGAAUUAUAAUCAAAUAUUUAUAAAUAACGACAACAACAACUACAACAAAGACAACAUUGGUAGCAGCGGUAGUAGUAGCACUGGCAAUGUUUACAACAGACACAGAAUUUUACCCAAUGAUAUAGUUUUCAAUCGAUGUGUAACUCCAUCCUCAUCGAUCACCUCCCCUGAAGAUGAUCCAGACCUGGAUCUUUACAAAUUCUCAAUUGUCAAAAUCAUCAGUCCCAAAAGAAAUGUAACCCCUGCUUUAUGUCACCAUUCAAGAAACACAAUACAACUUGAAAAUCGACCACCCAUGUUGAAGUCUCAUUCAGAAUCUCAGAUACUAAAAACAUCACCCUAUGAUUUGGAAAAUACCUGGAGUGAGCAUAAUGACACAGAAGAGAUAACAAAGCUAAAGUCACCAUUUUCACAGCUGCAAAGGAAAUUAUUACCACAAUCAUCACCAGCACCACAACCAGCACCAGAACAACAUUAUUGCAACGCGAGUUUGUUAAAUAUCGGUACCCCUGCGCCUGUAAAACUGCAAUUUGUCAAAAGAAAUGCAUUUCCUAAACAUAGUAUUUCCAACUUAGUUGAAGUACAGCAUUUGGAUUUCCGUGCACUUUUACAAUCUCAAUACUCAACAAAAUUAACUGAAUCACUAAGGCUAUGUGCAUCAGACAUACAAUGCAAUGGCCACUGCCCCCGAUUAUUCAACAACUAUAUAGAAAUGGUAGACCAUUAUCAUGAAAACAAUAUUAUGCACUUUAUCCUCAAGGAAAGGCAUUAUAGAUGUCCUGUUAAGGAAUGCCCUUUGCACUUGGUUGGAACCAAGAACCGUGCCGAUUUAAGACAUCACGUCCAUUAUGAACAUAUAGCACUGGGAUACGUCCAUGAAUACUUCCAAGCUUAUAAUCAACAAAUUAGAGAAAUCCUAUUUACUCCUUCACUUGAAACGGAAAAGACCUUAAAUGGCAAAGAGUUGCAAUUUGUACCAAAUGUGGAAAAGUAUUUCACCAAAACUGAAAAACAACAAGUUGACAUUGCCAAAACAAGCAGCAGAUUCAAAUACUUAUUGGGACUCACAGGAUUGUUUGGACAUUUUAUCGAGGCAAAAGCAAACAAGGACCCAUUGUUUAGGAAAAUUGUUGAUGAUUUGAAUGACCAAAAACUGAAAUCAUCACAAACAAACAAUUCGUCUGCUUCAUCGCAUAGGAGGAGGAAGACAGAGAAAGAAGAAGAUGCCGAAUUAAUGAAAGUAGAGAAACUGGGAGGUGCACAAACUUUUGAGUUUAGUGAAAGUCCCGGGUACGUACAUGGAAAAUUGAGACCAUAUCAAGUCCAGGGAUUGAAUUGGCUCGUUUCAUUGUAUGAAAACAAUUUGUCAGGUAUAUUGGCCGAUGAGAUGGGAUUGGGCAAAACACUACAAAGUAUUUCAUUUUUGGGUUAUUUAAGGUUCAUGCACGGAAUCAAUGGCCCACACUUGGUGAUUGCGCCCAAGUCUACCUUGGACAAUUGGCAUAGAGAAUUUAAUCGCUGGAUACCAGAGAUAAAUGCAGUUGUGUUGCAGGGAGAUAAGGAAGAAAGAAGUGAGUUGAUCAAAAAUAGGAUUAUGACAUGUGACUUUGAUGUCAUAAUUGCAUCAUACGAGAUAGUUAUUCGUGAAAAAUCGACAUUUAAAAAGUUUAACUGGGAAUACAUUGUUAUCGAUGAGGCACACAGAAUUAAAAAUGAGGAAAGUCUUUUGUCACAGAUUAUUAGAAUGUUUCACUCUAAAAAUAGAUUAUUGAUUACUGGAACACCGUUGCAGAAUAAUUUGAGGGAGCUUUGGGCAUUGUUGAACUUUAUUUUACCUGAUGUCUUUGCCGAUAACGAAUCGUUUGAUGAAUGGUUUCAAAACAAUGAUAAUAGCGAAGAAGAUCAAGAAGUCAUUCUGCAACUUCACAAAGUGUUAAAACCAUUUCUUUUGCGGAGAAUCAAGGCUGAUGUUGAAAAAUCAUUAUUGCCAAAGAAGGAGAUCAAUGUCUAUACCAAAAUGACACCCAUGCAAAGAAACUUGUAUCAAAAAAUAUUGGAGAAGGAUAUAGAUGCCGUUAAUGGCGCGAACAAAAAGGAAUCAAAAACAAGGUUACUCAACAUUGUGAUGCAAUUGAGAAAGUGCUGUAACCAUCCUUAUUUAUUUGAUGGGGUUGAGCCUGGUCCACCAUUUACUACUGAUGAACAUUUGGUGUUUAAUGCACAAAAAAUGAUUAUAUUGGACAAGUUGUUGAAAAAAUUUAAAGCAGAAGGUUCUAGAGUAUUGAUUUUCUCGCAGAUGAGUCGUAUGUUGGAUAUUUUAGAGGAUUACUGUUAUUUCCGUGAAUACCAAUACUGUAGAAUCGAUGGACAAACCGAGCAUGUUGAUCGAAUCAAUGCCAUUGACGAGUAUAACAAACCAGGCAGCGAGAAAUUUGUGUUUUUAUUGACCACUAGAGCUGGUGGAUUGGGUAUUAAUUUGACUUCAGCAGACAUUGUUAUCUUAUUCGAUUCUGACUGGAACCCUCAAGCAGAUUUACAGGCAAUGGAUCGUGCACAUAGAAUCGGACAAACCAAGCAAGUCAAAGUAUUUAGAUUUAUUACUGAAAAUGCUAUUGAAGAGAAAGUUCUUGAAAGAGCAGCACAAAAACUUAGACUAGACCAAUUGGUUAUCCAGCAAGGUCGUAAUACAGCUGGGCUCGAUGGUCAGCAGAGCAGCAAAGCUGCAUCUAAGAAUGAAUUGUUGGACAUGAUACAGCAUGGUGCUGCUGAUGUGUUUAAAAAGGACGACGAUGGACAAGACGUGGAUAUUGAAGAGAUUUUGAAACGGUCCGAAGAAAAGACACAGGAGUUGAAUGAGAAAUACUCCAAGUUGAACUUGAAUGCAUUGCAAAAUUUUUCAAAUGACGAGAGUGUUUACGAGUGGAAUGGUGAAAAUUUCAAGAAGAAAGAACCAGCAACAAUAACCAAUAUUGGUCAUGCAUGGAUCAAUCCGGGCAAAAGAGAGCGUAAAGAAAAUUAUUCCAUCAACCUGUAUUACAAAGAUGUGUUGAAUACUGGCGGAAGAACACAACCCACAGUCAAUAAAUCGGGACCAAGACCCCCGAAGCAACUCAACUUGUAUGACCACCAAUUUUAUCCACCUAAACUUUUGGAGCUUUACGAGUUGGAGAAAAACUAUUAUAAGAAGCAAACCCAAUACAAAGCACCCUUGAGAGCUGGCGAUGCGUCAACUUUGAAAGAACGGGAGUUGGAGCAACGACUCGAACAAGAGGAAAUAGAUAACUCGCUGCCGUUGACGGAAGAAGAGAGACAAUUGAAGGCAGAAUUGAUGGACCAGGGUUUUGGAAAUUGGAACAGAAAAGACUUUUACCAUUUCAUUUCUGUUUGCUCAAAAUAUGGCCGUAAUUCCAUACCAAUGAUAGCCAAGGAGUUUCCAGAGAAGACUGAGGAAGAAGUAAGGGAAUAUGCAAAGGCGUUUUGGAAGAAUUACAAAGAGAUUGAUGGAUACGAAAAGUAUAUUGGUCAAAUUGAACUGGGCGAAGAGAAAAUCAUCAAAUCCAGAUUACAGAAAGAGGCAUUGAGACGAAAAUUGUCGCAGUACAAGUAUCCAUUAUUGGAAUUGAAGCUCAAAUUCCCACCUUCUUCGAGUACAAAGAGAGUUUAUAGCGAAGAAGAAGACCGAUUUUUGUUGGUGCAACUUUACCGUUUUGGAGUAGAUCUGCCCAAUAUUUAUGAGAGAAUUAAAGAAGCCAUCCGAGACUCACCAUUUUUCCAGUUUGAUUUCUUUUUGCAGAGUAGGUCAGCACAAGAGAUUGGAAGGAGGUGUGUUACAUUGUUGGGAUGUGUCACCAAGGAAAUCAACCCCGAGCUGCAUGUUAAGGUACCGAAUGGUGGCGGAUCAACAAGUGCAAAAGGAGGAACAGGUGGUGCAACAAAGAGAAAAGAGUCAACACCUAUAGAUGGAAAGGCAAAGAGGCUGAAAAAGUAA